CAUAUUUCAGGGAUAUAUCACUAUGAUAAUUUAACGGAUUGUGAGGCUGCAUGUGAGGUCAAAUGUGAGGCAACACAAGUGAUAAGGAACGACGUCGAGGAACGGCAACAGUACAGUUGCAAACAACGCAAACCACCGCUUGUGAACAGAUUAGUGGAUCUAUCGUCGUCAGGAACAAUGAGCGUUCUCGUUGUUGCGGCCGUUCUAUUCAUCGGCUUAAUAAUGAUAUUGUGUUGUUGCUGUUGUCGAUGCUGUCGAUUAUGUUGUAACGACAACAAAAAACAACGAACAGCCGCUGCCUCAGCCAAAUCAUCGCGAACCAACGCGCAUAACUCAUCGAAUGAUCCACUGGUAGAUAACGGUGAAUUUCGAGAGGUACUCGAUUCGAAGGAUAUUGGCUAUUUGAAACGAGAAGUUAUUUAA